UUUCAGAUUUGAUUAACCAUGAGUGACGCCGGCAGUGGAAGUGAGGUUGAGGAGUACGAGGUUGAACGUAUCCUAGAGGUCAGGCAGAGGAAAGGGAAAACAGAAUAUCUUAUCAAAUGGAAAGGCUACGACACUGAGGAUGAUAAUACCUGGGAGCCAGUUGAAAACCUUGAUUGCAAGGAUAAAAUCGAAGAGUUCAACCGGAAGAAGAAGGAGAAAGAUGCAAAAGCCGAGGAAGAGAAAGGAAAAGACGAGGAGGAUGGAAAGAAAGAUGAGAAGAAAACAGAGAAAAGGAAAUCCGAAUCGGCUAAGAAAGAGGAACCCAAGGAGAAGAAGAAGAAGGACAAGGAUAACAAACCCCGUGGAUUUGCCCGCGGACUGACAGCUGAGAGAAUUAUCGGCGCCACCAACGAUCCCGGAGAACUUUUCUUUCUUAUCAAGUGGAAAGGAAACGAUGAGGCUGACCUGGUUCCGGCCAAAGAGGCGAACGUUAAGAUCCCUCAGAUUGUUAUCAAGUUCUACGAGGAGAGACUGAACUGGUACGAUACUAAGGACGACGAGGACUAAAUCUUAUCUCAAGAACCGUCUUCUUCAAAUAAUCGACUCGUCCUCAAUCAUCUAAUCGUCCCUGAAAUUUUGACGAAAUUAAAGGGAGAGAAGGAUAAAUAAUUGUAAAAUUGUAUUGAAAUUAAUAUCUUCCUUAAUUGCUUA